GGGGGACAAACAGGAGUGAAUUUGGGUUCCACGGCCCAGUUUGUUCUCUAUAGGGCCAUGACGCCCAUAUGGGGCCGUGACCCCGCAACAGGGGCCUGAGCUGGGGUGGUGGCAUCGGCCACCAGCGGUGUCCCCCGUGGCGCUGUCCCCACCCGCGGUGUCCCCCGCGGUGUCACGGGUGGUGUCACGUGUUCCCCAGCGCUGCCGGGGCCCGGCCCAGGAAGGGGAAGUUGGGGUUUGGGGCCUUUUGGGGACUCUGGGGGUGCCACCGAGGUGCCACCGAGGUGCCACCAUGUCCCUGCCCUCGGUGUACGGGGACAAACUGGCCGAGAAGCUGACGCUGCUCAACGAGCGGGGCCGGGGGGUCCUCGUGCGCGUCUACAACCUCAAAAAGACGUGCUCGGACCCCCGCACGCGGCCGCCCUUCCUCGGGGACAAGGCCAUGGAGGCCUCGGCCAAGUUCAUCCUGAAGAAAUUCCCGCACCUGGACGUGCGGAGCAGCACCCAGCACCUGGGCCCGGUGCACAGGGACAGAGGGGACAUCGUGCGGGCGCUGGCUCCGUUCUACCAAACCUUCCUGGACGUCCUGGAGUUCCGGGACCAUGUCUACGAGCUGCACACCAUCGACGCCAGCCAGUGCUUCUUCGACAUCCACAUCAACUACGACUUCACCAAGGGCUACCUGGACCUGGUUGUCACCUACGUGUCCCUGGUGCUGCUGCUGGCGCGCGCCGAGGAGCGGCGCCUGCUGCUGGGGCUCUACCACUGCGCGCACGAGAUGAGCCACGGCGCCAGCGAGCCCGGCUUCGCCCGCCUGGCGCAGAUGGUGCUGGAGUACGAGCACCCCCUGAAGAAGCUGCCCGAGGAGUUCGGGCCCCCACACCAAGGUGGGUCGGGGGCCGUGAGCGGCGCGCUGCUGUCCCUGCGGGCCCCGUUCGCGCGGCGCUGCCGGGACGCGGAGCUGUGGCGGCAGGAGCAGCUGCUGAGCCUGCUGGGAGCCGCGGGGGACCUGCUGAGCCCGGCCACCAGUGACAGCAUGGCCUGUGAGUACCUGUCCCUGGAGGUGAUGGAGCGCUGGAUCAUCCUGGGGUUCCUGGUGUGCCCGGGCGCCCCUGCACCCCCCCCGUGCCAGGAGCUGUGGCGCCAGGCCCUGCGCGGGUCCCUCUUUGUCACCCUGGUGCGCGACGAGGCCAUCGCGGUGCACAAGGUCACCGAGGAGCUGCUGGGGGGGCUCAAGGGGUUCGGGAAGCGCGUGGCGAUGUCAAGGAGUGCCCGGGAGCACGCGGCGGCGCACAGCCCGGCGCUGCACCGGGGCCGCCGCUCGUUCCUGCGCGGGGCCGUGCGGGAGCUGCGGGCGCUGCUGGAGGAUCAGCCCGGGCUGCUGGGGCCCAAGGCCCUGCUGGUGUUCGUGGCGCUGUCGCUGUGUCGCGACGAGGUGAGCUGGCUGUCGCGACACGCCGAGCACGUGACCAAGAGCAAGACCCCCGAGGACUUCAGCGACAGCCGCCUGGCGGAGCUGCUGUUCCUGCUGGAGCAGCUGCGGGCGCUGGUGCGGCGGCACCUGCGGCUCCUGCGCCGCUACCACCGGCACUACCUGGCCCGCUUCGACGCCCUCGUGCUCAGCGACGUCAUCCAGAACCUCUCGGUGUGUCCCGAGGAGGAGUCCGUGAUCCUCUCGUCCUUCGUCAGCUCCCUCUCGGCUCUCUCGGCCAAGGAAGUUGAUGACCAGGAGCAGUUUGACUUCACCGCGCUGCGCCUGGACUGGUUCCGGCUCCAGGCCUACACCAGCGUGGCCAAGGCCGCGCUGCCGCUGGCGUCCAACGGGGACGUGGGCCGUGCCAUGAGCCUGGUGGUGUUCCACACGCGCCUGCUGGACCGGCCCGAGGAGCUGCUGGACGAGACCUCGGACCUGUCUGACCUCUGUUUCCACCCGCGGCCCCUGGAGCGGAUGUUCGCGGUGACGCUGGACGAGCCGUCCAUGCUGCGCUUCGCCAUCGCCUUCCCCCUGCUCUGCGCCCACUUCUCGCGCUGCCCGCACCCCAUGUGCCCGAGGAGGUGGGUGACACCCGGGGGGGGUGCGGGGGGUCCCCCAGCCCCGUCCCCGGCUCUGAGGGGUGCCGUGUCCCCCCAGUACCCCCAGCUGGAGGCGGCGGCGCUGGGGCUGUGCCACAAGUUCCUGGAGGAGCUGGCGCGGGUGGGCAGCGCCUGCGUCCUGGACGCCUGCGCCGAGCAGCACAACCUCAGCCAGCAGCUGCUGCCCAAGCACUGUGCGGCCACCAUCAGCAGAGCCCGCGUCAAGAAAACCCCGAAGCAGCCGCCCCGCAAGGGGGACCCCCAAAGGGACAAACCGGGGACAGAGAGCCAGCGGCGGGACCGGACCCUCACCACCAACAUGGACAAGCUGCACCUGACCCUGGCCGAGCUGUCCCUGAGCCUCAACCACGUCCCCAACUUCACCGUCUUUGGGCACACGGUGACACCGGCCGAGUACCUGAGCAGCCACCUGGAGACGCGCCUGACCAGGGCCAUCGUGGCCAUGGCUGGCUACAGCCAGGCCACGCAGGAGGUGGCCCGGCCCUCGGAGGUGCUGGCCGGGCUGGUGGCCUACAUGGGGCUGGUGCAGCGGCUGGGCCAGCUGGUGGCCCUGGACACGGGGCGGCUGCUGCGCGCCGUCCUGCUGCAGCAGAGCCACCCCCGCGACGCCAGCGGGCAGCCCACGCUGACCGCCAUCUACACCGACUGGUACCUGGAGGCGCUGCUGCGCCAGGCCAGCACGGGCGCCGUGCUGCUGUCCCCGGCCCUGCAGGCCUUCACCACGGUGCCCCGCGAGGAGCAGCCCCCCUUCAGCGCCGCCGAGUUCUCCGACGUCUCAGAGAUGCGGGCACUGGCCGAGCUCAUCGGGCCCUACGGGAUGAGGUUCCUGAGCGAGAACCUGAUGUGGCACGUGGGCUCCCAGGUGACCGAGCUGAAGAAGCUGGUGGCAGAGAACAUGGACACGCUGGUGCAGCUGCGCUGCUGCAGGGCUGAGCAGAGACCAGCGCUGCUGCCCCGCCUGAGCUCGGCCGAGAACGUCCUGAAGCGCAUGACCAUCAUCGGGGAGAUCCUGAGCUUCCGCGCCAUGGCCCAGCAGGGCCUCAGGGAGGUGUUCUCCCAGCACUGCCCCUUCCUGAUGGGCCCCAUCGAGAGCCUGGCGGACGUGGUGACCCCCGACACCGACAUCCAGGUCACCCUGAGCAUCUUCGAGCUGGCCUCGGCCGCGGGGGUCCCGUGCGAGGUGGACCCGGCGCUGGUCACUGCCCUGGCCGGCCCCAGGACAGAGGGCUCGUCCCCCGAGGAGGAUUACAAGGUGUCCUGCCUGCUCCUGGUGUUCGUGGCCGUGUCGCUGCCCCUGCUGGCCGCUGACCCCGCGUCCCUCUACAACCCCGAGCUGGACGGCCACAACAACAACCUGCACUGCCUGGCCAAGGCCAUCGUGCAGCUCUCGGCCGCGCUCUUCACCGUGCACGGCAAGAACAUCGAGACGCACCUCAAGGAGUUCCUGCUGCUGGCCUCCAGCAGUCUCCUGCAGCUGGCCCAGGAGCCAGACAAGGCGCGGGCGCGGAACCAGGACUCGAUCGUGCUGCUGCUGCACCUGAUCGUGGCCGAGUCGUCCUUCCUGACGCUGGACAUGCUGGAGAGCUGCUUCCCCUACGUGCUGCUGCGCAACGCCUUCCGCCAGGUGUGCCGGGAGCCGCCCGGCCGCGCCCCCCCGCACUGACCCCCGCGACCCCCCCCAAACCCCCCGGGACACCCCCGGGGCACCCCCAAACCCCCCCGACCCCGCCAGGUGUGCCGGGAGCCGCCCGGCCGCGCCCCCCCGCACUGACCCCCGCGACCCCCCCCCAAACCCCCCGGGACCCCCCCCGGGACACCCCCAAACCCCCCCGACCCCGCCAGGUGUGCCGGGAGCCGCCCGGCCGCGCCCCCCCCGCACUGACCCCCGGGACACCCCCGGCACUGACCCGGACCCCCAAACCCCCCCGAA